AUGUGGGAAGACUACAACCCUGAAGGUGAUACUCUGCACAUAUGGAAAUGCGACGAAAAUGAUAUGCACCAAACCACGGAUGAUUUAGACCCCGCUUGUCCACCUUCCAAGGACGCCGUAGAUUCUGAUGGAAAUUUGGACGCUCAGUCAGUGAAUACCGGAGAUAUGACGAUAGCUACAGAUAGAAACAACUUGGCAGAAAAAGUUAUAGAAAAAGAUUCUACAGUAUCAAAUAUUGAUUGGCAAGAUCCUGCUAAGUGGCCGAAUAACAUCAGCGACAGUUCACGCGUAGCAUUGGUAAAGCUAGGGCCUACAAAAAUAGAUCGGAAUACAAUUUUUCCUUUUGAUACAGAUCGCCGGCGCUUCACCAUAGAAAAUUGUUAUCGAACCCUGAAGAAUGGCGAAAAAAUGGAGAGAUCCUGGUUAAUUUAUUCAGAGACUAAGGAUUCCGUUUAUUGUUUUUACUGCAAAUUGUUUGGCCUCCGCAACAUUCCAACCCAAUUGCAAUCGACCGGAUUUAGAUCCUGGCGGCACUUGCAAGACAGUUUGAGCUCGCAUGAAAAAUCCAAAAUGCACAUUGAAUGCAUGACAGACUGGAAAGAACUCAAAGUCCGUUUAAAUUGUAGAAAAACUAUCGAUGAUGAGAAUCAAAAUUUAAUCCAAAGAGAGGAAACCUAUUGGAAACAAGUACUUGAAAGACUCGUUGAAAUAAUUAAGCAUUUAGCUAAGCGGAAUAUGGCAUUUCGAGGUACUGUCGAUCGAUUAUACGAGCCGAAUAACGGUAAUUUCUUGAGCCAAGUUGAACUGAUGGCGAAAUUCGAUCCUAUUUUAAGCGAACAUGUACGUCGAGUUCAAAGUGGAGACCUCCAGCGCGUUCACUAUUUGGGAAAGGAAACUCAGAACGAAUUCAUUGACAUACUGGGUAAUGCAAUUUUCAAAGAAAUUAGCAGGCGAGUGGUAGCCGCGAAAUAUUACUCCAUAAUUUUAGACUGCACCUCCGAUAUUAGUCAUGAAGAACAAAUGACUGCCGUUGUUCGAUUUGUCACUGUAUCUAAAAACACCGUGGAAAUUUGCGAGCAUUUCAUUGGCUUCGUUGUUGUAGACGAUACAACUGGUAAGGGAUUGUAUGAAACGUUGUUAGAUAUCUUGAAAUCAAACAAUCUUGAAUUGAAUAACUGUCGGGGUCAAGGGUAUGACAAUGGCAGUAAUAUGAAAGGUAAAAAUAGUGGUGUUCAGGCCAGAAUUUUGAAGGAUAAUAAAAGAGCGUUUUUCGUUUCCUGCAGUUGUCACAACCUCAACCUAGUAGUUUCAGAUGCCGGACAUUCGUCCGUCACAGCUGAACUAUUCUUUGGUGUUCUUCAAAGGCUAUUCGCAGUCUUCGCUGCUUCAACCCAGAGGUGGCAAAUAUUGAAGGAGCACGUUAAUAUCAGUGUGAAAUCAUUGCCUGAAACUCGCUGGGAAGGGAAAAUGAAUGCUGUAAAAGCUGUGAGGUUCCAAAUAGCAGAAAUCAGAGAUGCGUUGCAGGAACUUUGUCGAAUGUCGCAAGGUAAAGAUGCAAAGCUGAGAUCGGAACUAAGAGGCCUAUGUUUCGAAAUUGAGUCAUCGUCUUUUCUGAUUAGAUUGGUAGUAUGGUAUGAUGUACUGCAAGUGAUCAACAAAAUCAGUAAAGCUUUACAAUGUCCGAAAGUUGAUUUGCAUACUGCGAUGAACAUGAUUGAUGGUGCUCUUCUUCAAUUACAAACCUUUCGAGAAUCCGGUUUCGAAACUUGCAUAGCCACCGCUAAAAAAAUGGCUGAGAAACUAUUCUUUGAUUAUGAGUCUCAGCACGACGAACGACCUAGCGAUCCGAUGAAAAGGUUAGAAAUUGAAUUUUUGAACAAAUUAUGCGAUAUAGCGAUAUCAAGCCUACGCGAACGUUUCGAAAUGACCCAAAACGUUUGUGAACCAUUUAGUAUCAUCCGAAACUCGGAUAACUUUAUGAGAUUGGACAGAACCCAAAUUUUGACUAAGUCCAAGGCUUUAAAAAAUUAUCUGACUGGUGAAGACGAGAACAGUGACAUUGAUGGUCGGGAGCUUGCCGAAGAACUGGAAUCUUUAAAAGCUUACUUCGUAGCCGCUGGAAUGACCGACUUGAGUGCACUCGUUAUGAUAUCGCACAUUAUUGAUAAAGGUCUGGAUGAGAUAUAUCCAAAUUUCACUGUGACCUUAAGAAUUUUCUUAACAUUACCAGUAACCUCCGCGUCGGGUGAAAGGACCUUCUUAAAGCUAAAGCUCAUCAAAACUUACCUGCGAUCCACUAUGUGCCAAGAUCGACUGAAUGGUUUAGCUGCGAUGUCAAUUGAGCAUGGAAUUUACAACGAGUUGAAUUUCAGCGAUAUUAAAGCAUCUUUUGCGAACAAAAAAUCUCGCAAAGUCCCACUUUAA